AGUUGGAAUCCUUUGAUACAAUACAGAUUCUGCUACCAAUAUACUUAGUUAUCUUAUUUCCUAGUUUAUUAGUAGUUGCCUAUUUUACUUUAGGUACCAAUAUACUUAGUUAUCUUAUUUCCUAGUUUAUUAGUAGUUGCCUAUUUUACUUUAGGUAAGCAUAUUUUAGAAUAGUGUUUCCUUAUGUCUUAAGCUUUUAACUCCUAUAUAUAGGGAGAAUAUUAGAUUGUCUUGGUAAGUUGGAAUUGAAUAAAAUCAAAAGGAAGUUUCUUCCACCAACUUCUCUCUCUCUCUCACUGUUAUCAGCCACCAUAGAUAAACCCUCUUCAUCUGUUAACCACAGACCUGUGACGCGUAGUCAAAGUACUGAAACAUAUCAUCUGGUUCCCGUUGCCGGCGUCAUGGGUACUGAUUUGAACAUCGAAUCAGCCAUCAAAGCCUUGCAGAAAUCUGUCAAAGCUUUGGAAUUACAGUUUGACAAAAUUGAGACGUUGUCCACUACUGUCUCUUCUCUGUCCAUUACAUCCCACAACCAUGCCGUUGCUCUUGCCAAUCUGGAGAAGCUAGUCAAACAGUUACUGACCAAUCAAGCAGGGGCAAACGCAAAUAUCUCACCCGGUAACCCUAUUCAUCCUCCAGCUGCUGCGACUUCCUUUGUUGGUACCCAAUCUCAUAAUCAUUUAUGUCAGCAACAAGACUCUGCAAUGGUGGCACAGAGCCCAGGAGCACUAGGACCUUCAAAAGCACAAUUGCCCCCAAAAAUGCCACCAACAAAGACAACCCUCAGGUCAGAUUCAAUGGUCAAAGAAACUGCAGUUGCUGUUGGGACUUGCAUUGCUACCCCUUCCGAUGCUGCAUCACUGCUUAAGGCUGCACAGUCUAUGAAUGUUGUCCUUAUACCUCCUGGAGGAGGAGACCCUGUGGAUAAACCACCUGCUGUUGGUGCAAAUACAUUACCCAGACAUAAUUGCCGCCACCUUUUUAUGUUGUGGACAUUAGAGGAUGGUGACGAACCGCCUGCUUGGCUUGCAUCCACGGAGAACUUCCCUGAAUUCAGCCUGAACGCACGCGAUGGAAUCACCUGAAUUUGUCACCUGCUUCAAGCUUGAGGACAAGCUUGAUCUCCAGGAAGGGUGUAAUGAUACAAUACAGAUUCUGCUACCAAUAUACUUAGUUAUCUUAUUUCCUAGUUUAUUAGUAGUUGCCUAUUUUACUUUAGGUAAGCAUAUUUUAGAAUAGUGUUUCCUUAUGUCUUAAGCUUUUAACUCCUAUAUAUAGGGAGAAUAUUAGAUUGUCUUGGUAAGUUGGAAUUGAAUAAAAUCAAAA